AUCUUUGCUCGCUGAUAUAGGCAGUGAUUGUCCUGCUGGUGGGUAGAGGAAGGACUCGCUUUCACCGAGAGCUAGCUGUUGCAGGCCGGUGAGGAAGGGAGGGGUUCAAACAGACGGUUCUCUAUCUGCCUCCUCAUCGCGAAUACUUCUCGAAAGACACAUUAGCGAUGGCAGAAGCCCACCAGGCAGUGGCAUUCCAGUUCACCAUAACUCCAGAGGGCAUUGAUCUGCAGCUUUCCUAUCAGGCCCUGAACCAGAUCUACCUGUCUGGAGUACGAUCAUGGAAGAAACGAGUCAGCCGCAUAAGGAACAGGGUUAUUAAAGGAGUAUACCCUGCCAGCCCUUCCUCCUGGCUCUUUGUCGUCAUAGCAAUCCUGGCCACCAUGUACAUGCGCUCAGAUCCCAGCAUGGGGCUCAUCGCUAAGAUACAGCAACACCUGCCACUCAGUCUCCACGUUUCCCUCAGUGCCCAGGGUCAGACCAUGUUGUCAGCGCUGGUCUUCAGUACACUGCUGUGGUUCUCCCUCAUACUCGCUCUCAGGUUCUGCCUCAAGCUGUUGCUCUCCUACCACCAAUGGAUAUUCGAGCAGCACGGCCGAAUUUCCAACACGACUAAAGUCUGGGUGACUCUGUUAAGGUUAUUAUCAAGCAGGAAGCCUCUGCUGUACAGCUAUCAGACCUCUCUUCCUCACCUGCCUGUGCCUGCCAUCAAAGACACACUGAGCAGGUACCUGGAGUCAGUGCGCCCUCUGUUGACUGAUCCAAAGUUUAAACGGAUGACUGAACUGGCCAAUCAGUUUGAGUCUAACUUGGGAAACCGUCUCCAGCGCUACUUGAAACUCAAAGCUCUGUGGGCCACAAACUAUGUGAGCGACUGGUGGGAGGAAUACAUCUACUUGAGAAGCCGAAGUCCUAUCAUGGUCAACAGUAACUACUAUGGCAUGGACUUUCUGUAUGUGACUCCAACCCCGGUGCAGGCUGCCAGAGCAGGCAACACUAUUACUGCCCUGCUCCUCUACCGCCGCAAAGUGAACCGGGAGGAACUCAAACCAAGUCGUGUUCCAGGUACUGUCAUCCCUCUGUGUGCCGCUCAGUGUGAGAGGAUGUUCAACACAACGCGCACUCCAGGAACUGAGACCGAUGUGCUGCAGCACUGGCAGGACAGUGAGUUUGUGGCAGUGUACCACAAGGGACGCUAUUUCCGCCUGUGGGUGUACCGGGCAGGCCGACUGCUGUCUCCCAGGGAGAUUGAAUACCAGGUCCAGAGGAUCCUUGAUGACCCCUCACCCCCACAACCUGGAGAGGAAAAACUGGGGGCUCUUACUGCUGGAGACAGGAUUCCUUGGUCUCAAAUGAGGAAGCAGUACUUCAGCUCCGGUGUCAACAAGAGAUCACUGGAUGCCAUUGAGAGGGCAGCCUUCUUUGUAACCUUGGACAAUGAAGAGCAAGGCAUGAGGGGAGAGGACCCAGCAGGGAACCUGGACCGCUACGCAAAGUCCCUGCUCCAUGGGAAAUGUUAUGACAGGUGGUUUGAUAAAUCAUUCUCCAUUGUGAUCUACAAGAAUGGGAAGAGUGGACUGAAUGCAGAGCACUCCUGGGCUGAUGCACCGACUGUGGCUCACCUUUGGGAGUACACCUUGGCUACAGAUGCUUUCCAGCUUGGCUACACAGAGGACGGCCACUGUAAAGGCGAGGUGGACCGCUCACUACCCCAUCCUCAGAGGCUUCUCUGGGACAUCCCAUCAGAGGUUCAGGCUCAAGUACACAGUUCCCUGGCUGUUGCCCAGGCACUGGCAGAUGAUGUGGACUGCCAUGUGUUCCCCUUCAGCGAGUUUGGAAAAGGACGGAUCAAGAAGCUUCGCAUCAGCCCUGAUGCAUUCAUACAGAUUGGCUUACAGCUGGCAUACUACAGGGAUCGUGGUGGUUUCUGUUUGACCUAUGAGGCAUCAAUGACGCGUCUUUUCAGGGAGGGCAGGACAGAGACUGUGCGAUCCUGCUCCAACGAAAGCUGUGCCUUUGUCAAAGCUCUAGAGGGUGGAGAGGCAGAGGAACAAUGCAGGUGUCUCUUCAAACUGGCUUCCGAGAGGCACCAGAACCUUUAUCGAAUGGCUAUGACUGGAGCUGGAAUUGACAGACACCUCUUCUGCCUGUAUGUGGUGUCCAAAUACCUGGGGGUGGAGUCACCAUUUCUUAAAGAGGUUUUGUCAGAGCCUUGGCGUCUCUCCACCAGUCAGACUCCAGUUCAGCAGAUAGAGCUGUUUGACCUGAAGAACCAUCCUGACUACAUAUCCCUGGGCGGAGGGUUUGGACCUGUUGCUGAUGAUGGUUAUGGAGUUUCGUACAUCAUUGUGGGUGAGGACAUGAUCAACUUCCAUGUGUCAUCCAAAUACUCCUGCAGUGAGACUGACUCCCACAGGUUUGGAGCUCAGAUAAGUAAAGCUCUUCAAGACAUCAUGACUGUCCUUACUUCUGACACCAAAACCUCCUCGUCCUCCAAAGGAACAACUCAGCCUCAGCCCAAGAAGCUCCUCUGAAUACAGCUGAAAGCAUUUCAGCAUGUGGAUAUUCCCCCUCAAUAAAUCUACACUGAGUGUAGAAAUAAUGAAGAAACCAUGAUGUACAACCUUAAUGUCAAAGGCACAAAAUUUUAUGUGGCUGACUUAGGACAGAAAAGCAUUUGUAGAUCUGUCAAUAAUUAAUUUAAUGAAUAAAAGUAAAGGGAGACUGCAGCCUAAUUCAAGAGGCCAUGUGCUCUUUGUUUAUGUCACCAUUAUAAGACAAAACAGAAACAUAGUUUAUCUUAAAAUGCUAGCAUUAACAUAGUGACAGGCUGCUUUUAGACAAAGAAAAAAGAAGUGCCCCCAUUGUGAAGUGAUGUUGUGCAACUCGCCCCCACUGAGUUUACAAUUGUAUUAUUAUUAUUAUUCACUGCUAAAAUGACCUAAAAUAGCAAUUACAAACAUGAGGCUAGCCCUCCAUGUAGUAAGAGGUGGCAACGUGAAUGUCAAUACAAUUGUUAUUACAGACAUAAAUUAUAUAAAUCAUAAUAUAAUUGACUCAUUGGAAGAAGUGAAAUGUGAUUUUCAACGUGGGAUUGGUAAAAGGGGAAAUAAAAGGGAUAAAAGCCUUCUGCCUCCUGAAGUAAGCACACUCACUGGGAUAUAGAAACAGCAGUAAGAAUACUAUUUUAAAGGUCAAAGGCAAUGAUCAGGAUUUAGGUUUAUAAAUGUAAAAUAAUGCCGUCCACCUCUGGACCACUGGUACUUUUUGCCAAGAGCAGACAAAUAUUUCUCCCCACAUUGUCUGAUACUCCCACAAUGCCUCAUUACUGUUUCAAAGCUAUGGCAUUUAAGGACUGUGUGUGCCUGAAGUAUCCAUUCGCUAAAACAGCUUCAAUGCAAUUUUUAAACCAAUGCAAUUCCUAAGGGAAACUUUGUAACAUAUAUUGUUUAAUUGUUUUCUCAUGAUGUGUAUUAUUAAGAAUGUACUACAGUUGGUCAGAUAGCUGUUCUAGGCUUUGUCAAGAUACGUUAUCAUGUGCAGUGAAGUCAUGGUGAAACAAAUAGAGUGACGGAGCUAAUGGUUCAUUCACUGUAACACAGGAAGCCAGUGUGUGUUAUUCCUGUUUCCUACUCCUAAAACUAGCAGAAUAUUCUCAUAUCAAUAUCAUUAGAAACUUCCAGUUUUGUUAGGGUGGUGUUAAUCCUCCACUACAUCUUUGCUCAUGUUUUUUAUCAUCUCUUUUUAGAGAGACUGCUUGCUUAAUAUUUUGCUUAAUGUUUUAACAACCUCCGACCACAGUGGCUUCUGUUUCUGUCUCAGGCUUCAGUGCCUCAUUUCUUAAACCAUUUAAUGCCAGAGCGAUCAUUUGUUUUUCUAACUGCAAAAGAGUUGUAAAGACUGUUUCUACAGCUACACACUAACAACUUCUCUACCUCUGUCCAUUCAUUACUUUUUUUAAGAGUUUCUGUAUAUGCCUUGCAUUAUUUCUCACUUUGUUUUCCUUUUAAUUCAAUAGAUCUAUUUUACCUUAACAGUGAGUUUUGGUUUCAGGUAAUAAAAAGAAAUAUUCAUGUUCACAAGUAUGUUUUGCAGAGUUGACAACUUAUGUUAUGAUUAGAUGGCCAUGGAUCCAAUAUGUCAAUUACCCAUGUCCUCUUCUGCCUUCCAUAUUUACUUAAGUAAAUACUUUUGUAAACCUCUUCCAGGAAAACUACAGAGUCCCUUGGCCCCUUUCAUCAUUGCUUCUUAUAGUUAUGGUACAUUUAAAAUGACUCUGAUCUAGCAAGUUGGACAGGAUGUCGUUAAAAGUCUCAUUAAAGCCUCCUCUGUUGUUCACUUCAUGCUCUAGUCUGCCUGAAAAACAAAAGCAGUGAAACCCUUCUCAGUCUACUUCACUGUUCCACACAUAUUAUCACUUAAUAUGUGAUGGAUUCAGUGUCCUCUGGCUUUCAAUGGUUUGGACAAUGAGCUUCUCACAAAAAAAGCUAGAAUUUCACAGCAGGGUUACAAUGUACUUUUAGGAUUAAAGGUUAAUGUUAAUAUUAGCACUGUCUUUUCUUAUUCUUUGAUUUUUGGGAUACAUUUUUAUCUUCUAUUUCUGAUACAACUAGUGUUUUUACUCUUAGUUAUAGUGGUGAUGCUUGAAAGGUUUUGAUGAAUUUUUGGGUAUUGUAGUUUUAAAUUAUAUGAUAUCCCAUGUUUACUGACUUUACACUCCAAAUGAUCUCUUUUUUUUUUUUCAGUUUGUUUUCAUUUUAAAACUUAAAAUUGUGGAGUUUGUGAAGAAGGCCUUUUAGAGAUGAUGAUGGCAAGUUAUUUAUCAAAAAAAUGCUUACUGACCUUACAGUGAAUCUGCAUCAGUAUAUUCAUUUAUUGGUUACAUUAACAGCUAAAUACACAUUUUCACCGCUUAAGUUGUCUCUUGUGGGAAUCUGUGAAAAAUAAAAUGCAAGUGAGGA